CAAGUAAAUAAUAGGCACUAGACAAGUGACACACAAAGUUUUUAAAUGUCUAUUAAAAUGUGGUCUGAAGUAAAGGAUUACAAAAUACCUAACUGAAAGUUGAUCAGACUUAAGCUCCUUAAGCUGAUCUGACACAGGUUAACAUAGAUGAAAUCGAGAGGAAUAAUAUCAUCCCCUGACUCUUAAAAUUAACAGAUUUAUUUUCCUUUUGGUUUUCUAGAGAUUGACAUAUUAUACAUAAUACUUUAAAUUGGCACUCUGCAAAAUACACAUAAUUAUGAACCUCCCGAGUGAGAUCUUACUCGGUGGCAACUCGAUUUGAAAAACAAGUCUGGACUCAUCAAACUGCUGUUCGAGUCUGUCGAUUGUCAUCUGAAUUUCCAUUAAAAAAGACCAAAAUAUAUUACCAUGUUGAACAAAAGAAGAACUUUUGAUAGAUUAAUUCUUACCUCUUCACUCGUCGAUAUAGUUUUCUUGGAGAUUACAUCCUUGGUUAGUUUGCUAUCAUGUCAAACAGUUACCACGACGAGCUGCUCAUGUUGGGUAACUCUUACCAGUGUUUGUAGUAGGCAAGCAUUAUUUCCCCUUACAAUUUUGUUUCCUAGGAAGCAAGAGACUGAUGUACGGGUACGAAAAACAGCCUCAAAGCCCAGUCAGUCGACUAUCCAUUUCAAAAACUGUGUAAACGAAAGUGAUGCAUCUGGUUACUCCAAGCAGGGCUUUGUCGCUUCUGGAAACGUUUAUCGUGAAGAAUGCUUAAACAGCAUCAAAGAAGCAGCAGUCAUUGUAGGCAUACAGGCAUUGGCAGAGCAGGGAUGCUGGCAAAACGUUAUUCCAUUUGUGGAGCAGGCAUAUCAUCAGAUUGGUGCAUGUCCUGCCAAAGUGAUUCACAUGUGUAUUCUACUGCAUGCACACAUUCGGGAGUACAUGUUGUGUCAUUCUCUGGUUAACACCUGGCUGGAUGCAAACAGUCACCGCAGCAGUCCAGAUGCAGCAGUUACUGUCCGCCUCUACGUUCAGAAUGUCCUUCGACCUCUUGGGGCAUUCAACCUUAUACCUCAGGUUGUUGAUUCUUGCCCAGCACUAAGUUCUACAGAACGGGAGGCACUGCUCUCGCCCCACUCCACUCCACCUAAAACCACAUAUGAAAGACAGAAUGACCCAUCUGAACCAUGCAACAAUCUUCCCUCUAGUGAUGCUGAGCCAACAGCAGGCAAGACCAGGACAGCAAAAUCUCAAGAUUCCGGCAUACUUGCUUCAUAUGUAGAUCUGGCACGUCAGUUGCUGCGAAAGGCGGCUCGCAAAGGCUGGUGUCGGCAGGCAUGUCGAGCAACAAAGUGUCUGCUCUUUCUUUCUAUAGCACUAUUGGCGAUCGUCAGCAUACAGAAUGAUGUUGUUAGCAACUUCAGCCGCACUAUGGUGAUAUGGAAGAAGGCCAUAGAGAUGUGGACAUCCUUUUGGAAACAUGCCAGAUAAAGUGCAGCCAGGACUGUUCUGUGGCGAUGGUUUUUCCCCAAAUCUUUGAAUCCAUUGUUUGAUCAAAAUCUCUGGACAACUAUUGUAAAUUGGUAUUUAAUGAACAUUGCAUUAAAAAAAAAUUCGUCAUUGUCAAUAUAGAUACUAAUUUGAAAUCUGUGGCAUGCUUAUACUGCCUUGUGGUGGGUAUUACUGAUCAGAGGAAGGUAUGUGUUCAGGAGCAUGCUGCUGUCUUCUCUUCGUGGUUAGAUCUAGUUCUUUAGAACCAAUGCUUGUAUUACAAACUUAUUAUAGAUAAAUAAUUUCUCAUUAUGAACUAGCUGAUAAUUAAAUAGUUCCAAGUGACAACUUAAUUUUCGCCUAAAUGCUGAUUUUCUAGAAUGAGCAGUUGGGAAGCGUAAACACAAGUCACUUGUAUAUUUUAGCGUACAGAAGUUCAUGAAAACCACAUGUGAAUAUUUGUGUAGCCAAGCUUAAUCAGGCAUUUUAUGUUCAUCAUAAAAGGCAUUACUUAUUGUCAGUCUUUUUUUCUCUUUGAAUAACAGGCUUUCAAGCCUGUUCUGUCAAUCAUUGCAUCCCAUCGUCCCUUUCAUAUGGCCAGUGCAUCUGCAUCACAUCCCUUGCAACUGAGGGAAUUCCUGGGUUGUUGUUUACAUUAUUUCCAUGGCAGAAAUAAGCACAAGAUUAUACAUUUUAAAAUGUUUGUCAAAUGUAUUAUCAAUUCUUCAAUGGUGACAUAUCUAGUUUUCACCUUCUGCUAUUAACAGACAUGAAACAAGCAAGAUUUUGUUGACGCUCUACGCAUUGUGAUGUAGCAUCAUGAUCUUACAGGACUGUAUUAUGUGCUCAUAUUCCAUAGUUGUCUCAUAAUAAAGGAUCACUCAAAACAAUAGAAAAUGAGGGCACAUGAUUCAAUGUGGAAUAGUCUGGCCAAAUACAGCCAGUUGACUGCAGUGGAGGAUCAUGGUGGAAGCCUUGUUGACACCCACGACACUGACCUGUGAUUUGCUAGGAUCCAAACAAAAGAAAAACACUGCCCAUUGCAUCCUAAUUUCAAAUGCAAUAUAGAUUCCAUUAAAUGAAAGCUGCAGCAACAGCAAGUCAGGAUUCGG